CCUGAAGCAGGAUGUUCACCAACUUAGAUCAUCUUGUCUCGAAUGUCAACUUCCAUGGGAGACGCAAUGCUAUCUGAUCUACCUUAAUCUCUGUGACAGAGUUUUCAAAUCACCAUGGCCAUCAAGAAAGUGCCAGUCCUCCCUUACCGUCGAGGCUCGGACGCCUCCGAGGCCGACUUCUUCGACAUCCCCGACGAACCGUGCUGGGCCAUCAUCAAGCGGCAGCUGCGACACCUGCGGACCUGGGUCGCCUUCAUCUUCUUCGUCCUCUUCAUACUCUUUCUCCGCCGGGAGAAGCCCCCGCCGCCCAAGGUAACCCAUAUCGACUACAGCCGCGUGGACUGGUCCCGCUAUGCCUACAGCCAAUAUGCCACCUCGAGUCCUUACCUCUGCAACGCCCUGUUGACGUUCGAUGCCCUUGAUCGCCUGGGUAGCAAAGCGCAGCGCGUGCUUUUCUACCCCGAGAACUGGGAUGUGAUUGUCGAGAGUGACCGGGAUCGGGAUAGUCAGAUGCUGGCGCUGGCGUAUGAAAAGUACGGUGCGCUGCUGGUGCCGAUCGAUGUGCAGAUGGUCAAGGCUGGAGCCGGCCCAAGCGAAUCCUGGGACAAGAGCACCAGCAAGUUCCUGGCCUUCGGCGAAACCGAAUUCGACCGGAUCAUCCACGUCGACUCGGACGCGACCAUCCUCCAGAACAUGGACGAGCUCUUCUUCCUGCCGUCGGCCCAGGUGGCCAUGCCCCGCGCCUACUGGCAGCUCCCGGACACGCGGCAGCUCUCGUCGCUGCUGAUCGUGCUCGAGCCGUCCUUCAAGGAAUUCUACGCGCUGACGGCGGCCGGCGAGGCGGUGACGUACGGCCAGGUCAACACCACCGGCACCACGACCGCCCGAUACGACAUGGAGCUGAUGAACGAGCGGUACGGCGACUCGGCACUCGUGCUGCCGCACCGCCAGUACGGGCUGAUCACGGGCGAGUUCCGCGCCGAUGACCACCGCGCCUUCCUGGGCAACGACUGGGAGGCGUGGGACCCCGAGCGCGUCCUGAGCGAGGCCAAACUCGUGCACUUCUCCGACUGGCCGCUCCCCAAGCCGUGGAUCAUGUGGCCGCAGGAGUUGCUGGCCGACAUGCUGCCCAAGUGCAAGGUCAAGCCCGGGACGCUCCAGGAGAGCGGGUGUAAGGAUCGCGAGAUCUGGAAGAAGCUGUAUGAUGAUUAUCGGCGGAGGCGGAGGGACGUAUGCAAGCUUCUCAGCUAUCCAGCGCCGAACUGGCCCCCACGGGACGUUCCCGAGCCUCCUCCCUCGCAGGAGGAAGCGAGUCAACCACUUUCAUGAUUAUCGCGUAUACCAUUCACGGCCUUUUUUCCGGCGCCAUCGGGCGUUUUUUUUUUAGAUCGGUUUGGGACACGAGGACUUUUUUUUUUAUCUCAAAAUAGAUUGUUGUAACUCCAAGGCAUUUCGCAUCUGUACACUAGCCGCAGAAUGGAUCGGGACAUAUUGUGAUUAUUGUAUGUAUAUAGAGAAGGACUCGGUAGUCCAGUCACAUGUCAAUAUGAGGUUCAAGCACG